AAAAAAACAUAAGACUAAACACGAGGCACACCCCUAAAUCGGAUCAAAAUAGGGAAAUAGCUAGAACACCCAAAAAUCUGGAGCUACAUCUCCAGGAAGUUACAGAACUUCAGAAUGUGGGCAGGGGAGGCCAUCACUUGGCAAAACCAUGGUCAAGGAGGGUGGUGGCUGUGAAGCCUAUCUCAAAGGAUCCACCGAGACCUGUGGGCAAGCGAGGCUACAUGAUCUGCAGCACGAUUCGCUUCACGUGGCGUCCAAUGCCAGGAGAUAUUCUCAAACCCAGAACUUUUUCUCCUGAUUUCCUCAAUAAGCGGGUAAAUUCUCCAAUCUUUACAGGUAUCAUGAUUGGUAAUAUUUGAGUCUGACUCCAAAAUGAUGUUUUCCAGGUGGAGAUCGAUCGCUAAGGCUAGGAUGGCCCUAGCUUCCGCUAUCUUCGUUAAACUAGAGUCCCUGCACCGCCCAGAGGAAGAGGCACACACAAGGUUCCCAUCUGAAUUUCGGAUGACAACUCCAAUACCAGACGAGUUUGGGUUCUUCCAGGAAGCAUCUACAUUAAUUUUCAAAAAGCCAUGGUGGGAGGGGGCAUCCAUCUAGACCCAGUAGCCAAGUGUCUGAAACAUCCUCUUCUUGUCUGAAACAUUAGAAACAGACUUAGCUAGACCCAGUAGCCAAGUGUCGAACUGUGUGAUUUGUUGUUUCUUGAUUUUAAAUCCAAGAGGAGACCCGAACCAGAUUAAGUCGACCCAAGGGCACAGAAGUAGAAUGUGCUCAGAGGAUUCUUCUCCUUCUCCGCACAUCAGGCAAGUGGGAGACUAUGCUAAUCUCCUUCCGCAGAGGUUCAGCAUGGACGGGAUAGCCCCGCUUAGAAUUCUCCAGAAGAAGAUCCUAAUCUUUGGGAGAGUUUCAAUCCGCCAUAUUAGCUUCCAACAGCUGGGGUGGGUUAUGUGUGAAGAACCACUUAUAGAAUUAGACAUGGUGGUCUGCUUGAGAUGUGUGAGAUGAUAGCCAGAUUUGACAGAGUAGCUCCCAUCCUUGGUCCAAGGCCAUAACAACCUGUCUACCCCAAUAGGAAUAGCUUGAAUUUGCGCUACCUCACAGGGUUGAAUUAGAUGUAGAAUCUGAUUAAGGGCCCAGGAAUGAGUGUCCCAAUCGAUCAGGGCAUUGACCAAUGAAGGAGCACUUGUAGGUAUAGGGCCCGUAGUUAGGAUAUGACCCUCAUUAGGAGGGGAGAGCCACAUAUCAUUCCAUAUGUUUAUGGAUGAGCCAUCGAUGACUUGCCAGGAGGAACCAUUGGACACCAAAUCUCUUGCUUCUAGCAGACUAGCCCAGCUCCAAGAAGCUCUGUGACCCCUGAUCGCCUCAAAAAAAUUGCAGUUUGGGAAAUACCUGCUUGCUUUUAAGAACAUUUCCUGUCCCAAGUGUUUACCUUGCAUUGAGGAUUGGAUUUGCACUGCUGUUUGGCGUAAUGUUGUUGAGCUUGAUCUUCGUAUUAGAGAAGAUGAGGAGGAAACUUUUAUGUUUCCUGAGUGCAUCUUUCGGUGCAAAACCCUUGAGGUUUUGAAACUGACUCUGACAUUCUGGCAGAUCACCUGUGAUCCUCCUACAUCAGGCUCUUUCCCAAGUCUCAAGUUCCUCCACGUAUCAGUUUCUGAACCUGACCAGGAAGUAAUGCAGAAGCUUUUCUCUUGCUGCCCUGUACUUGAAGGUUUGACUAUGGAUGGAACCAUUGAUGGUGACAGUCGUAAUGGUAAGUACAGUUUUAUGAUCUCUGCUCCGGAACUGAAGACAUUGAGAAUAGAUUUGGAAAAUAUAUGGGAGUUUCUCGAUGUUUCUAUAGAUGCCCCAAAGCUUGAAAACCUUGAUCUCAAGCGGCUUGGUUUGACCAAUUGUUUUCUAAUGGGGAGUGCAAAAUCCCUAGUCAAUGCCAAUAUUGCUUUCAGAGAAUACUUCAAAAUAGUAGGACAGCUUGAUCUUUCUAACUUUGCAAUGGCACUUCUGGAUCAAGUUUCUGAUGUUAAAUCUCUAUCCCUUUCGGCUCAUUACUUGGAGAGAGCUAAAGGUCACUCUAAAUUGGCAGAGCUUCACUGGAAUCCACCAAGUAAUGUGCCUAUUUGUUUGUCAUCACAUCUGAGGACUAUCUCCUUGAAGGGAUUCAAGGGUUGCCGGUUGAGAUGGAAAUGAUAAGGUAUCUGUUGAAGAAUGGUCAUCUGUUGAGUAAGAUGACGAUUUCUACAGGUCUUCAUCGUUUGUAUCCGGAACAGGAGGAGUGAGUUUAUGAUGUUCCAUAGGGCAACAACAUGCCAUUUCGAGUUUAUGCAGAUGCAUGUUUAGGUUUUACAAGAAUUUUAGUUCAUGUCCUGUGUUUAGAAGCAUUGGUAAUUGAAGCUAAUAUGAUUGUAGAUAAAAAUCUGUUGCAGUAAAGCCUAAACGCAUAAUAUGUUUGGCUCUCUUGCAAAAUGCAGAAAAGCUAUGUUUGAAACUACUCCUGGUUGUGUCUUAGUAAAUACUCCAGUAUUAUAUGACCUAUCAACCUUUGCUCCUGCCUCUUUC